GAUUGGUCAAUCGUGUAUGACAUGCUUAAUGGCCAAAACAAUAGCGGUUUUUGUUGGGAUGAGCAUAGGCAGAUCGUUGUUGCUGAAGAUGCGGUUUGGAACUCUUAUUUAAAUAGUCAUAAAGAAGCCGGUCAAUUCAGACAUCGUAGUUUUCCUUACUACGACCAACUUACUGCCAUCUAUGCAAGAGAUCGAGCGACUGGGAGAGAUGCUCAAACAGACGCUGAUGUUAUUGAAGAAAUAAAUGUUCAGGAUGUACCUACUACAGAUAUUAAUGAAGAAAGAAAUGAAUUCUAUGACUACGAAGCUGAUGUCUCUUUGGAUGACAUGGAUGUUUCUGCUACGGAACCGCAACCAGAUAGAAACCAAGUGGGGUUCCACAUCUUCAAAGAAGAAGAAAAAAAGAAUUUUGAUGCAAGUGAUCAUAUUUCUUCUUCAUUUCAUGAUGCUGCCACUUUAUUGGCAAAAAACAUGCGGGCCAUUGGCGAACAAAUCAGUAGGAGUAUUACCUCCGAUGUGGUAGUUCAACAAAAGUCAGAAGAAUUCCAGAUCAUCCAAGAAAAAGCUACAAAUUUAUAUCCAACAUUAUGUGAAAUAGAAGGUUUAACUGUGGAUGAGCGCUAUCGAGCAUUGAGCAAAAUUCCAUAUCAUCCAACUCAAAUGCUCGUUUUCUUUAGUUUACCUUCUGAUGUGCGGUUGGAAUGGGUCAGAAGAUUUCUUGCUGACCAUUAAAAAUCAUGGUUCUGUUGAUGAUAUUUUCGUAACUUUUUCUGUUUGUAAUAUUUGGGAUGGUAUGUCAUUACAAUGUUCUAACUUUGUGAUGUUGUAAAACUAUAUAACAUAUGGAUUAUGACAUAGAAUUUCAUGAAUUUCAUGUAACCUUUUGUUAAUAUAUGAAUAUUAUGUUUAUGCAAAAUAUAAUUCUCAAGUUAUUUAUUA